AGAGCAAAGAUGCCUUGUGGACACGCAAUAGGUCCCGAAUCUCUAACAGCUUAUUGUAGAAGUUUGUUGACGGCUGGAAAAUAUGAGUUCCGGUGUCCACACGUUGAUCCUACGUAUUGUGGACGACUGUGGGAGUUCUACACCAUCAAGAAAUUGGCCGUAUUGACCAAAGAGGAAAAGAAAGAGUUCGAAACCAAACUUGCAGAAAAUUACCUUUUCAAAGGUGUUAAAAUCCAGGAGUGUCCACGUUGUCAAUCUUAUUGCGAACGAAAAGAUUCCAAAUCUGUCCGCGUGAUCUGUCCAAUAUGUACACGUCAAAAGGAAGAAUUGUAUGAAUUUUGUUGGUUUUGUUUGAAAACUUGGCUUACAAAUACUACUCAUGAUUGUGGCAACCACGGAUGUUCUGGUGAAGAUCCCAGAAUACGGCUUCUUCGCAAUGCACCGAAAAAAUCCAUAGUCGAGGUGCCCAAUUGUCCUUCUGUAAGAAGUUGUCCAAAAUGUGGUCUGUUAAUUGAGCAUAUUAAAGCAUGUAAGCAGAUGGUUUGUCUUUGUGGACAGAAAUUCUGUUUCAUUUGUUUGAAA